AACGGAAUAGGUCACGCACAAUAUGUGCGCGCAGUUAUAUAUUGACAGUUGUUAACGAGGCAACGUGAACAAGCCAAUGCGCAACUAAAAGAAAAAAAGUGAAAGGAAAUCAAGAAUGUAGGCAGAAACAUUAUAUAACACUUUAUUAAGAACAAUAUUGUAAAUAGUGUUGGAAUGAAGUACAUAGAAAAGAAAUAAUAUAAUAUAGUAUAAUAUUAAAAUAUGGAUAGAGAUUGGAAUAGAUCUAUCAGUCCAGCUUCCUCCUUUACCUCAAUACCAGGGUCGAGGAGUGACAGCCCUCGAGGAGCAAGUCCUGCUACAUCUUCAUUUGGUAGUGGUAGUGAUUCAGCUAGCAGAGGGAAGGGGAUCCAAAUUACUAUACAGAAUCUACAGCAUGAACAAGAAAGAGUACAGAAAAAGACUUUUACUAAUUGGAUGAACACAUAUCUUUGUCAGCAUGUGCCGAAAGAGAAAGUGGAAGAGCUGUUUAAUGACAUUAAAACAGGUGUUGUUCUCUUGUCUUUAUUGGAAGUCUUAUCUGGAGAAACACUGCCAAUAGAGAAAGGGAAGAAUGCAAAGAGACCACAUCAUCUGAGUAAUAUAACUACAGCAUUACAGUUUCUGGAAAAAAAGAGGAUUAAAAUGGUGAAUAUAAAUGCCACAGAUAUUGCAGAUGGAAAACCAUCUAUUGUACUUGGUCUGAUAUGGACCAUUAUCUUAUACUUCCAGAUUGAAGAAACUAUAUCUCAAGUGCCAAAUGUAGGGGAAUUAACUGGAGAUGGUCCAUCAGCCAGUAAACGACAAGCGCUACCAAAGAAAAGUUUAUUAGCCUGGGUAGAUAGUGUACUAGGAAAAAAAUACGGUAUGUCAGUAAAAGAUUUUGGACCAAGUUGGAGAAGUGGUGUAGCUUUCAAUCAGUUAAUUCAUAAUAUAAAUCCUGAUCUUGUUGACAUGGAUGGAGUUAGUCAGCAGACAUCAAAAGUUAAUCUAGAAAGAGCUUUCUCUAUAGCUGAUUCAGAACUUGGUAUUCCUCGACUUUUGGACCCUGAAGAUGUUGAUGUAGCAAAACCAGAUGAGAAAUCAAUCAUGACAUAUGUUGCUCAAUUCCUGAAAAAGUACCCUGAUGUUGGGGAUUCUAAGCUUCAAGGUGUACCAAGUACUAAAAUGGAGACACCUGACAAAGAAAUGUCAGCCUAUUUUAGUUUAAUGAACUGGUUGAAUAAAGAUGCUAAUGAAAUAUUAAAUAAUUCUACUGGUCCUGUUACUGACAGACAAACAGAAUUCCUUGAUUAUCUUGGAUUUAAAACUGAAUUAGACAGAAGGGAACCUGUGUAUAAUGCACUCAAAGAUCGUGCUAUGACUGGAAAGUUCUUAAGAAUAAAACCAGAAGAAUGGACUCAGUUAUCUGAUAAAUGGGAAGAAACACAAGAACGUACUAAACUAUGGUUAUUAAAACUAGAUAUGAGUUAUCCUGGUAAAUUAGGUAAAUUUGGAAGAUGGUUAUAUGAAGCAGAGUCUCUGAUUAAUAAAUAUGAAGAGACUUUUGAUAAUCCCGAUGACAUGGCAAGUUACUUUGGAGAACUCUUAGCAGAACAUAAGAAAUUCUUCCGAGAUUUAGAUGCCCAGAAGGCGUUCUUUACACAGGUGAAAAAGUCUGGGAAAUAUGAAGGCGAAUCACUUCAUCCUCCACACAUGGAAUUAAUGGCUAAACGUUUAGAUCGUGUUUGUAUCAACGCCCCGGUCAGACAACAUAGAUUAGAAUAUGAAGAAGCAAAAAUGCGUGUUUGGUCUAUAUUAGUUUUAACUGAAGGACGAGUACAGAAAUGGUCAAUUAAAUAUGGCUGGCAAGAAGAAGUAGAAGAAUUAUAUAAUGAUUAUCAGCAAUUAGUAGAAGUAAAUGGUUUAAUAAAGACCUUUGACAGCACACUAGCUGAAGUUAAGGGGAAAGGUGAUAUCUACAGAAAAGAUAUCAAAGUCGCUCCUGAAGUUAAAGGCAUUCCUGAUCAAAUAGAGAAUAUUAAUUCUAAAUGGAGAGACCUAUCUCGGGAAGUACGUGCUUUAAAGCCUAAUCUAACACAACAGAUAGAUAUGUGGAGACAUUAUGCAUCAAGUGUUAAUGCAAUUACUGCAUGGUUAGAUGAAGGAGAAAGAGUUAUGCAAGGGACACCUGAGGAAAAAUUGCAUUUUUUUAGUGAUCUAAGAGAUAUCGAAGAUAGAUUUGAGACAUUAAAUAAAACAUCAGAGUUUCUUAUGGAGACGAGUCGUGCAUCGGUAGCUGAAGAAAUCCAACAAACAGUGGAUGAUUUAAAUAAUCGCUUUAAGAUGUUAACAGACAAUUUCCAGCUCUAUCAACAAAAUGAAGUUGUUGGUAAAGCACGAUCUGUUUAUACCAGUGGAUUUAAUUCAAUACAUGAAUGGUUAGAACGUGCCGAUUCUAUGAUGGAGACACCUAUUCCAUGUGUACACUCAGAUCUUAAGGCAUACCUUUUAGAAUUAGAUGAAUUAAAUGCUAUGAUGCCAGAUAUUGAGGCAGAAUUUAAAACAAUCACAAAAACAGCCCAAUCACUAGUUCAGGAUACUGAACCAGAUGUCAUCAAUAAAAUGUUAGGAGAUUUGAAUGUUAAAAAAGAGAUAAUUGUCAGACUUCGCAGACAAAUUCCUGAGAAAAGGAAAUAUUUAAAGGCACUGCUUCCUAAUGUAGAAAGUUUAGAAACAGGACUAUUAGAUUUAAAUAAAUGGCUUGAUGAAGGAGAAGAUAUACUUCAAUCACAUAAAAUGGAGGGAAAUUCUUCAGAUGCCGAAACUAGGUUAGAACAACACAAGGCAUUUUUUGCUCAAGUGACAUACCAGAAGUCUAUAUUAGAAAGUAAGAACAAAGUAUAUAGUAAGAUAUGUAGUACCAAACCUAAACUAACAAACAUAGGCUAUACACCAGUAGAUGAAAUGAUGAAUACUGUUAAUACAAGAUUCCAGAAUCUCCAAAGGUUUUCUAAAGAAUGGGAGAAGAAAUUAGAAAGUCAAGUUAAGUUAUGGCGUACAUUAACCACAAAACAAAAUCAGGUAGAAGAAUGGAUAGAUAAUGCUGAAAUGAUAUUAGAUGAAAAUGCAGAUGAUUCUGAUAGUUUGAUUCGUAAACAUAAGCGAUUCUUUGAUAGAGCCGACGAUAAAUUAUUAAAUGAAUAUCUGACCAUUGGUAAACAAUUACUUCAAGAAUUAGAUGGACAAGAUAAAGCUCAGUUGCAGCAAAAUCUAGAUGAAAUUGAAGUCAGAUAUAAGAAUGUCCUUCAUCAUGCACCGUUACGUCUCCUUCAUCUUGAGUUUUCACAACCCGAGAGCAAGUUCUGUCAAAAUAUGGAUAUGGCUGAAACAGCUCUAAAACAACAUGAAGAACAACUACGAAGCCAAGUAAAUGUUAAAGAGGCAUUACUUAAACACAAGCAAAUUUUCCAAGAUGGACAACUAAUGCCACAAAUGAAGAAAAAUUUAGAGGUUAUGGAAGAGAAAUCAAACAUGUUACUAAAAUUAACCAAAAAUGACUCUUCCCUACAAGAAAAACAUAGAACCUAUGUAGACCAAUUUAAUAAACUUCAGAAAUAUGUUGAUAAUACACAUCUACAACUUAAACAAUUACCGGAAAGAUGGAAGGAGUAUCACACUAGAUUGACCACAUUCAGCAACUGGAUUGAAGAAGUAGAAAAAUUAACUCAAGCCAUGAAGAGAACUGAUUUAACAAAUGAAGAAUAUAAAGAAAUAUUAGCUAAAUUCCAGAAGGCGAUGCGAGAUCGUGGUAAAUAUGCUGAUGAUGCUAAAUGGUUGAAUAUAAAUUUAAAUGAAUUAAUUAAAGAUGCCAAUACAGCAGACGCUAAAAGAGAGAAAGAAGCACUUCAGACUUUGACCAUAAGAUUUGAAAACCUUAAACCAUUAAUGGACCAAACUGCAGGAAAAACUUCCAUUUACACAAAGAGUUUUGACUACAGAGAUAAUAUUAAUAAACAGUUUGGGUGGUUAGAUGAUGCUCAGAAGCUGGUAUUGGAACAACCAUGCAUUGACAGUCUUGAUGAAGCCAGAUCCUAUCUUAAAGAACAUGAGGGUAUUAUGAGAAAAUUAGAAGCUGAGAAAGCUAAUGUCAUGGCUGACCUAGAUGCUGGCAGAAGACUUCAGCGAGAAAAGGAUGCCCCAGAUUUUGUUAGCAAGACAGUAGCAGAACUGGAUAGAAAAUGGAAAGAUACUAAUAAUCUAGCUAAAGCUAAACAAGAAAAAUUACUGUCUCAUGUUCAGAAUUGGGAGCAGUAUGAAGGAGAAAAAUCUACCAUGUUGAAAUAUUUAAAAGAUGCUGAAGCAGAAUUGGAGAAACCUCCUGGAUCUCCAGGACAAGAGCAAGUUCAAAAAGACUUUCAUAACAAAAAGGAAUUACAACAGUCUCUCAGUAAAUUAAAAAGCAGUUUAGGUGAAAUGCAGAAAUUAAACUCGUUAUUGUGUGAAGGUGCUAGUAAUGAAAGACAAGGACCUUUGAAAGGAGAAAUAUCAGAUAUUGAUGUUAAAUUAGAUAACGUUUCCAAAAGACUAAAUGCUAAACUAGCUGAUUUAGAAACUACCAUUGCCAAGUGGUCUGAAUAUUAUAAAAGACUCAGUCAUUUUUGUGACUGGUUGAAUGAAAGAGAAGCUAACUUAAAUGAAGUUUAUGAAAACAAACAUGAUUCCCCUGAACAGAAACUAAAUAAAGCUGAGGAAAUUUCCACUGAAGUCUAUGAAAACCACAUUAGUUUGGAAACAUUGGAAAAAGAUGCAAGAGGACUCUCCCAAAACUUCCGCUCCAGAGAAACUAGUGCCUUAAAGUCUAAAUUGACUAGUGUUCGCAGACAGUGGGAGAGUUUGUGUUCACGAGCCAAAGACAGAAGUACUGCCUUAUCUGGUAAUGUAGCUCACUGGCAGAAAUAUCAGAACCUACAAUCAGAAUUAAUGCCAUGGAUAGUGAAGGGAGAGAAAUACUGUGCUACAGAACUUCCAAAGUGUUCCAGUUUGGAGGAGGCUAAAGAAUUGUAUACUCUUCAUCAGGACUUCCUUCAAGAAUCUGAGGAUAAUUUACCUGUUUUUGAUCGAAUGAGCACUGAGGCUGGCUACUUGUUGGAACAGCCUGAAGUUGCUAGGGAACUGGAUGGUAUUCAGAGAAGAUGGGGAAAUAUUCUGACGUCUUCCGAUGAACGAACUCAUAAACUAGAUAAAAUGUAUGGUGCUUGGACAGCUUAUGACAACGAACUGAAUGAUUUCCGUGAAAUCUUACAGAAAUUCCAGAAUCGAUUAGCUGUAGAACCAAACACUACGUCUUCUGAUAUUCAUGUCUUAGAACACGAAUUAGCUCUUGCUAAGGCAUUACAAGAAGAAAUAAGAAGUAACCAACCCAAACUGAACACAUUACAAAGACUAUUUGAACAAGUUCAACCUCAUGCUAAUCCAGCAGGUUUCCAAACCCUCAAAGCUAAACAAGAUGAAAAUAAAGCUGUAUGGAAUGAGAUUAAUACUGAAGCAUCAGAGAGAGUAAAGAUGUUACAAUCAGCAUUAAAUCAUAGACGUGAUGUUUUUGGUCAUGCUGAUGCUCUAGAAGCUUGGAUGAAAAAGAUGCAGAGAAAGGUUGCAGCCGGUGGUGACAUAUAUUCUGAUGAAAUUCCUGAAACUAGUCAGAAAUUACAGGAAUUAAGAGGUGAAUUUUCUCAACAAGAUGGCACAUUACAGAUGAUACAACAAGAAUUCCGAGAUAUGAUGCAGAACUGUAGUGAAGAGGAGGCUGCCAUAUUGAGUGACAGACUAGAUAAGUUGUUGAAUAAUUACUCUGAUAUGGAAGAAACUAUACAGAAACGCGAGCAGCUAUGUGAAAAAUGGAUGAAUUUCAAUGGAUCCCAAAAAGAUGCUCAGGCUCAGCUUAAGGCACUACAAGCCCGUCUUCAAUCUCCAGAUCUCAAAGAAGAAGAUGUAAUUAGGAUUAAACAAGAAAUUGAAAUAAUACAAAAAGGAAUGAACGAUUGGAAGAAAAAUGCUGAUCCUUUAGAUGAACUAAUGAUUAAUGCCAAGAUGACAAUUAAGGAUCGAGCCACUCAGCGAUCUUUACAUUUUGGCUCAGAGCUUCAGAGUAUUGCCACAAAUUGCGAUAAUGUACGAUAUGAAGCUGAUAAGAGAGAAGAACAUCUCGGAGAAUUAAAUCAACUUAGUGAAGAUUUUACUGUGAGGAAAAAUCAACUAAUGGAUAAACUUGGUAAAAUAGAAAAGAAAAUCGCUGCAGCUAAAGUCAGUAAAUCUAAUUUACAAGGAAUGAAAGAUUUAGUUAGUGAAAUAGAGGAUAUUCGUGAUGAGAUGUAUGUUCUGAAUCCAGAAUUUGAACAACUAAGAGACCUGGGACGUCAAAUUACACAAGCUGACAAUGAAAAAUACCCUGCUGUGCAAUCUCAACUAGCACAAGUAAAUGAGGCAUGGGAUCGUGUUCAGGCACAAUUGGCGGAUAAACAACAAUAUUAUGUUAGUAUUGUUAAUAUGUGGAAACAAUAUGAAGAUGGUAAACAAGGUGUACAUAAAGUUCUAGAAGAUGUACAACCAUUAGUCAUUAAAGAUAUAGCAUUUAAUAAUCCUGAUGAUGUGAAGAAAUCUCUAGAUCACCAUAGGAAUGCUGGCUUUGAACUUCAAGCUAACCAGACACAACUUGAUCAUAUGAAUAAUAAAGGAAUCCAGUUGUUUGAAGAGUUGAAGAAAGUGCCUAGUUUUAAUUCUAAUGAACUAGCUCAAGACUUGGAUACUGUCAACCAUUCCUGGGAAACAUCUUGUAGGACAGUAGAUGAACAUGAGAAAAAUCUAGAAGCACAAUUAGUAUGUUGGGAUCAGAUAACAUCCGGUAGAGAAGAAGUAGCUUCUUGGUUAAAUGGCAUGAUGGAUAAACUAGGUGAUAGUAUUAAAAACUUUAACGAUACAGCCAGUGUCGAGGCUAAACUAGCCAAAUUUAAGGAAGAAGCACCUUACCAUGAAGAGGUGAUUGAAGAAAUCACCCAAAAGAUAGCUGAUCUUAAAGAAUUAAAUGGUAACAAACCCUUACCCGAACUUGAGAGAAGUCAUAAAGAAAUGAGAGAGAAGUUUAAUAAUGCUAAUGUUCUAGCACAUCAACUUGAUACAACUGUAUCCAGUUUCGCAGAUGAGCAGAAACAGUUACAACAAGAAAUGGAUGAACAGUCGGAACUGAUGAACCAAAUGAAAGAAUUACUAACUAAAUGUGAUGAUUUAUCUGGUACUGAUGAAGAAAUUGCCGCAAGAGUUCUAGCUGUCAGGGAACUUCAAUCUAAACUUAGAGAAAAGCAGCAGAAAAUUGCAGCAAUACAAAAUAAGUCAUCUGCAUUACAAGGGAAGUAUCCUUCAGCAGAUUCAGCUAGUUUAGCCAAAGAUGCCAAUACACUAGCUAAAAAGUUAGAAACAAUGAUAAGCCGAGCUGAUAGAAUAGAAGAUUCCUUGAAAGGAUCAUUAGAACAACAUUAUAUCGAAGCUCUACAACAGGAAGGUCGUUGGUUAAACUCCGCAAAAGAGAAAGUUAAUUGGUGUGAGGAUAUCGGUGGUGAUAGAUAUAGUGUAGAAUCCAAACUUGACACCAUUAGGGAUUUACAUGGUAACUUACAAGAAGGAGAAGAAAAGAAAAGCGUAUCAGAGGCCAAGUUACAGGCACUACGGGCUAUUUUACCUAGAGAAAAAAUAGCUGAACUUGAAGCUAAAAAUAGAGAAAUGAAUAGAGAAUGGGAUGUUCUUGUUGGACAGAUAUCUCAAACACAGGGUAAAUUAGAAUCAUCUAUAGACCAGUGGUCAGAAUAUGAUGGUCAAUAUGAAGGAUUAGCUCAAUGGUUAAAAGAUACAGAAACAAAGACUAGAAAUGAAUCUGGAUUAAGACCUGAUCCUGCCAGUAAAACAGAACAACUAGAAGCCUUUAAAGACCUUUAUGAUGAUGUUCAAGCCCAUAGUAGAGAAUUUGACAAUCUGAAAGAUUCAGCCAAUAAGAUCUCUCGUACCACAGGUGACAACAGAACAGCAUCAUAUGCUACUCAACUGUGUAAUAGAUACCAGACAUUAGCAGAAAAUCUCAAAGAAAAUCUUGACAGAUGUAAACAAAAUAUAGAUGAUCAUGAGAACUUUAUUGCAAGAGAAAAUGAUUUCAAUGAAUGGUUAGAAGUUGCUCAAGGACAAUUAAAUGAUUGCAACUCUCAAAAUGGGGAUGAAGAGUCACUUAACGCUAAACUAGCUCUCAUUCAGGAUCUUGUUGCCAGUAAAGAAGAGGGUUUAGUAAAAUUUAACUCAGCUUUGGAGUCUGGUGAAAAAUUAUUUCCAAAUACCUCAAAUGAAGGCAGAGAUCUUGUCCGAAGAGAUUUGAGAGGUUUGAGAGAAUCUUGGGAUAAUUUUAAUGACAAUUUAAAUGAAACACAAAGACAGUUAGAUAGUAGUCGUAUGAAAUGGUCAACAUUUGAUGAAAAUUUUGAUCAGCUGUCAAAAUGGCUAGUCGACUCUGAACAUCAAAUAACUGUUGCACCAGAAGAUAGUAAUACUCUCCCAGAGAAAAAAGCACAGUUACAGCAGCUGAAGACUCGUUGUCAAGAUAUAUUGUCACAUCAACCAAUGAUUGACAGUUUGAGUGACAAGGGUACAGCACUCUCAUCUUCUACUGUUCAAACUAAACUUAAAAGAUUGAAUGAUAAAUACAAGUCGCUCUGUACUGAAUCUAAGUUAUUAGUAAAGAAUGCUGAAGAAGGUGUUGACGAACAUGAAAAAUACCAGGAUGCCUUACAACAAUGUAGAGACUGGAUGAUCAGUACUAGAGAUAAACUUGCUGUUUGCGCUGAACUAGGUGGAGAUAAACAAGCUCUUGAAAACAGACUUGACAGGGUGAAGGAUCUUCAUGCAGGAUUAAGGGAUGGAGAAGCUAAAAUCAACACUGCUCAUUUACAUGGAGAGAAGACGCUACACACUACAGGUCCUCAUGGACAAUCUAUGAUUACACAUGAAUUAAGUACACUGACACAAGAUUGGGAGACUUUAGUAGAAAGAAUGGGAGAAACCCAGCAAGGUUUAAUGCAUGCUAUACAAGCUGUAGAUCAUUAUGAUGGAACUUGUGAGGCUUUAAACAAAUGGUUACGAGAAGUAGAGGGUGAAAUCAAAGAUGUUGAGCUGAAAUCAACAUUGAAUGAAAAAGAAGCUGAAGUACAGAAACUCAAGUUUAUUUUAACACAAGUAAAUGAAAAGAAACCGCAGUUUGAUGAACUACAAGAAAUGGCUGGUCAAGUACCUAGUAGCGAUGGUAGACUCAGUAACUAUAGUAACCAGUUGGGUAUGAGAUAUGACCAGGCUAAGGCCACCUUACAGGAUUUGAUUGGUAAAUGGGAAGAGAUGUCAGAUGAACAUGGCAGAUAUGAGGAGAAUUAUCAGGCUUGCGCUGAAUGGUUGAAUACUUUACAGAAACGUACUGAUGUAUGUGCUGAUUUAGCUGGUGAUAAACAUGAUGUAGAGGAUCGUCUAGUUAGAUUACAGCAAUUAGCAGCAGAAAAAGAUGAUGAUGCUAAUAGAGUACAUCAAACUAUAGAAAGUGGUGAAAAACUUUAUUCUACUACAUCAUCUGAAGGCCGUGACAUUAUUAGACAAGAUCUCAGAUCUCUAAGAGAACAAUGGGAAGGUGUUUGUGAUAAAUUAUCAGACACUCAUCGUAAACUCGAUUCAAGUCUCAAUCAAUGGUCAUCUUAUGAUGAAAAUUCUGAGAAAUUCCACAAAUGGCUGGUUGAUAUGGAAGUUAAACUAAAUGAAGAUGCAGAAUUUAAAUCAACUUUACCAGACAAGAAAGCCCAGUUACAAAAUCAUAAAGUUCUUCAUCAAGACAUAUUAUCCCGAGAAUACAUUAUGGAGAGUCUAAUAAAGAAAGCUAAUUCUUUAAUGCAUUCCACUCCUUCUGCUAAAGUUGACAAGUUUGUAACAGAGUUGCAGAAAAAAUAUAAUAAACUAUGUGACAAAUCAAAAUCCAGACUUGAUAAUCUAGAUCAAUCGGCCAAAGAUCAUCAGCAAUAUCAAGAUGGCUACCAAGACUUCCAAGAUUGGUUGAAUUAUUCUCGUGAUAAACUAGCAGCAUGUACUGAUAGAUCGGGAGAUAAAUUAUCUCUUCAGAGUAAACGAGAUAGGUUAAAGGAGUUUUUAUCAAGUGUACCUGAAGGAGAGAGUAAACUACGUAUUACAUUGGAAUUGAGUGAGAUCACAGCUGAGCAUACGUCUUCCCAAGGUCGUGAAAUACUGAAGAGAGAAUCAGAACAUUUACAGAGAGAAUGGCAGGAUUACCUUAAUCUGAUGCAAGUGUCAGAAACCUCUCUAGAACAAGCCAUGGUUCAGUGGGGUGAUUUUGAGAGUAAAUUUGAAAACAUUGCUUCAUGGUUAAAGAACAUGGAACAACAAGUAAAGAACUAUGACCUGAAGUCAAAUGUUCAAGAGAAACAGGCACAAGUCGAGAAAUUCAAGAAACAACGAGAAGAAAUAUUAGCACAUCAACCAGAUAUGGAUCGAUUUACUGAUGAUGCUCAGAACCUGAUGCAUACUAGUUCCGAUAUUAGACUUAGUACACAAGUAUCAAAUCUUACCAACAGAUAUCAAAGUUUAUUGACACAUGUCAAGGAUUUGAUAAGUAAAUGGGAAAACUUUACAAUAGAUCAUCAGACAUAUGAUAAUCGUAUGAGUGAUUUUAACCAGUGGUUAUCUAUAGAAGAUCAGAAACUAGAAGCUUGUCAACAACCUGUUGGUAAUCAAGAUUCUGUUGAAGAGAAGAAAACUAUUUUACAGAUGUUGUUUUCUGAGAAAGAACAUGGUCUCCAGAAACUGAACUCCUCCAUUGAAGCAGGAGAAAGACUCUAUCCGGAUACAGCCAGCCACGGAUGGGAGAAAAUUAAAAAUGAAAUGAGGAAAGCUAAAGAAAACUGGGAGAAGUUAUUCAGUGGAUUAAAUGAUGCUCAGAGAAAAGUUGACACAUUCUCUCUACAAUUGACAUCAUAUUCUGAUAGUCAGGAAAGUCUACAAAGAUGGAUGGCAGAAACAGAAUCUGCUCUCAGAGCUGAUGUUGACAUGAAAAACACACUACAAGAAAAGAGAAUGCAGUUACAAAAACAUAGGUCCCUGCUACAAGAUAUUGCAUCCCAUCAAAGACUGGUAGCUACGGCUGUUGAGAAAGCACAGGGUGUUUUACAGUCAACAUCUAAUCCUGAUGUAUCUUCUUUUAUAACUAACAUCAACUCAAGAUAUGAAAAACUUCUUACUGACGCUGAGGCAUUAAUUGGUCGAUCAGAACAUCAUGUUGACUUACAUCAGAAAUAUCAAGAUUGUUCACAAAUGGCCGUAGAUUGGUUAGGACAUAUGAAAGAUAAACAAACAUUAUGUGGUGAUACUACUGGUGAUAGACAUACUAUAAGUAAUAAACUAGAAAGACUACAGGAAUUGAUAACUAAUUUACCAGAAGGUGUUGCACGUAUUAAAGAAUGCGAAGAUCAUGCUGAGAAUACUAUGAAUACCACAGCUUUGAAAGGUCGUCAAGGUAUACAACAAGAUCUAGAUGUAUUACGUCUUGAUUGGGAAGAUUACACUCUCAAACUCAACUCUCUUAAAGAUGGUCUUGAACAAGCUCUCUAUUACUGGACACUUUAUGAAGAAAAUUAUGCUAAAAUGUCACAAUGGAUUAAAGAUAUGGAAAGACAGGUGAAAGAUGUACCAGCUAAAUCUACCCUAGAUGAAAAACAGGAAUUGUUACGGAAAUGUCAGGAAAUAGUAGAAGAUAUUGUUCUAGAAGAAAAUCAGGUGGAAGAAGCUUGUAAACUUGAUUAUGAGAUUGUACAAGAGGUUAAGGGUCGUCAACGUGAUGUUGAUAAAUUUGCUGAUGAUGCUCAAACCCUACAACAUCUAACUGAUGAAGCUAGAGUUGGAACAUUUGUAUCACAACUUAUUAACAGAUAUCAGACUCUACUCACUCAUUCUAAGGAAAAUGUAAAGAAAUGUGAACAAAAUGUAGAUGAUCAUAAAUUAUACAAAGAAAAGUUUUCUGAUUGUAAUCAAUGGUUGACUAAAUCUAAAAAUAAGUUUGCCCAAUGUCCUGAUGCUGGUAGUUCCAGAGCUGAAUUAGAGGAUAGCCUUGAACAAACUCAGGAUUUAAUCCGAGAUAGAGAUUCAGGAUUUGCUAAAUUAAACCAGGUUAUUGAAGCUGGUGAACGAUUAUAUCCUACCACAGCUCCUGAUGGACGUGAAAACAUACGCCAAGAAUUACGUAAAUUGAAACUAGGAUUUGAAGGUUUAUAUGAUGAUUUGUCAGCCUCACAACGUAAGCUAGAAGUGUCACUUGUACAAUGGACUUCAUUUGAUGAUAGUAACAGUCAAGUUGAUAAUUGGUUACGAGAUAUGGAACUUCAGUUACAGGGACAAAUGCCAUUGAGAUCAACAUUAGAAGAAAAGAAAACACAGUUACAGAACUUCAGGUCUGUGCAUCAAGAUGUAUUAUCAUAUCAACGUGUUAUAGAAAGUAUUGGCGAUAAAGCUCAAUCUCUAGCUCAGAGCAGUCCUGAAUCUGAUCUUUCUAGAUUUAUAUCACAAACCAGUACCAGAUACCAAAAACUAUGUUCUAUAUCAAAGGAUUAUGUACAACAAUACGAAGAUAUAGUCAGUGAUCAUCAACAAUAUAAUGAUGCCUAUAAUAUCUGUGUUGAAUGGUUAAAUGGUAUCCGUGAAAAACUUUCAGCUUGUGCAGAUGUCUCUGGUGAUCGUCAUGCUAUACAAAAUAGACUUGACAAAAUACAGGAUAUUCUGGCUACUAAGAUGGAAGGUGAACCAAAAGUGAAGAAUGUUAUAAAUUUAGCUGAGAGAGUAUUACCCAAUACUGCUCCCCAGGGUAAAGAUAUUAUAGUUAGAGAAACUGAUGCUUUACGUGAAGAUUGGGAGGCUUUCAUGACAGCUUUAGUUAAGACUAAAAAUGAUCUUGAGAAAUGUAUGGAUCAGUGGAAAGAGUUUGAAAAUUGGCAUGAAAAAUGUGCUAACUGGCUUAAAGACACAGAAGUUAAGAUGCGAGAGACAGAUCUCAAAGCUACAAUGAAAGAAAAAGUAAUCCAGUUAGAAAGACUUAAGACUAUACAAGAAGAUAUAAACAGUCGACAAAGAGAUAUGGACUCAUUAAGUGACUCUGCCCAAGAUUUAUUGAGAUUAAGUACUGACACCAGAGUUAUUAGUCAGGCUUCACAACUAUCGACUAAAUAUCAAACUCUUAAUGUUAAUAUUAAGGAACUAAUACGACGAUGGGAACAAUAUGCUACAGAUCAUCAAGCAUAUAAUAGUUCAUUAGAUCAGUGUAAGAGUUGGUUAGUUGAAAUGAGGAAUAAAGUCAGUGAUGUAUCAGAGACCAGUGGUGAUAAACAAACUUUACAACAAAGAUUAGCUAGAGUACAGGAACUCAUGGUAGAGAAAGAAGAAGGAUUACAUAUGUUACAAAUUUCACUGGAUAAUCUUCAAGUUGUUUUACCUAAUACAUCAGUUACGGGUCGUGAUAAUAUGAGGCGUGAGAUGCAACUUCUACAACAAGAAUAUGAUUCCCUAUCAGCUGAUCUCAAUGAUACAAAACUAAGACAAGAUAGCUGUCUAUCUCAGUGGACUGUCUAUGAUGAUAGUACAGAACAGUUAGAAAGAUGGUUACAUGACUUAGAGAAUCAGGUGUACACAGAAUCCCAGGUUCAAAAUACACUUCAAGAGAAGAAACUUCAGCUGGAAAGAAUUAAGGUUCUUCAACUGAACAUCAAUGCCCAACAGAGUACUAUUGAUAACUUGAACGAAAAAGCACAGACAUUAAAACAGAUUAGUCGCGAUAGUAAUCUUGGUAACCAGAUCAAAGAUAUUGUUCAAAGAUACGAUAAACUUCGACAAGAAGUCAAGGAUUUACUCCAAACACGAGAGAAAUAUGUACGAGAUCACCAGAUAUAUCGUGAUGUAUAUAUGGAAUCAGCUGAUUGGUUAACUAGUACAGUUGAUAGAUUAAAUGUUUGUAGUGAUGUAAGAGGUGAUAGAACAGUAGUAGAAGCACAAGUACAUAAAGUACAAGAUAUUAAUUUAACAAGUGAAGUAGGAAAGAAGAAAUUAGAUCAGGUGCUAGCAAAAGGUCAAACUGUUUUACCUCAAACUUCAACUCAGGGCCAAAACCUUAUAAAAGAAGAACUUGAUUCACUUACCAAAGACUUUGAUCAAUUUCAAGCUGACCUCAGUUCUGUGUUGGCUUCACUUUCUAAUUUGAGUGGGAAAUGGAAAAAUUAUGAAGAGUUCUAUGAUAGAUUAAGUAAAUGGAUUAAAGAUAUUGAAACCAGAAUGAAAGCUGAUGCUGAACUGUGCACAACUUUAGACCAGAAAAAUGUUCAUGUUCUUACACAAAAGGCCCUUCAAGAUGAUAUAUUUGAUAAACAGGGGGAUUUUGAUGACCUUGCUGAACAGGCACAGUUGUUAAUGCAGAAAUCAGCAGAUACACGGCUAUCAACACAAGUUACACAACUCAAUUCUAGAUACUCCAGUUUAAUAUCACAAUCUAAGGAUCUAUUAAAACGAUAUGAACAACAUUAUGCUGAUCACAGUCAAUAUUGUAAAGUUUAUGAUGAAACAUCAUCAUGGUUACAUGGUACUAGGGAGAAACUAGCAGCUUGUUCUGAUACUACUGGGGAUAAAUAUAUGAUACAGUCACAAAUAGAUAAACUUAAGGAAUUUGUUGUAAUGAAGGAAGAAGGUCAACUAUUAAUUCAUACAAGCAAUAAUUGGGGUGAGAAAACUAUGAACAAUACGUCUGGAGAGGGUAGAGAGACUAUACGACAAGAACUUCAGUAUCUACAACAAGAAUGGGAGAGUCUUAUAUCUGAUGUCACUGAUACUAAAGUCAUGCUAGAAGCUCGUCUGCUACAAUGGACAGAUUUUGAUGCCAGUUUAGAGGGAAUCCAGAAAUGGCUUAAAGAAACUGAAAAACGUCUUAAGAGCUCACAAUCUAAGGGUGAUCUUGGAGAAAAGCGAGCCGAACUCCAGAGAAUUAAGGUUGUUUAUCAGGAUAUAGUAUCAUAUGAACAGAUGAUUGAUUCUGUUGGAAGUAAAGCUGUGGAAUUAGAACCUACAGCUUCCAUUAGAACUGGCACAGAUACAUCUACAUUAGCAUCAAAAUAUAAUAUGCUGAAAGAGCAAGCAAAGGAUCUUCUAGCUAAAAAUGAACAGUUUGUAGCUAAUCACCAAGAUUUCCAUGAUGCCUGUAAUAAUUUUAAUUCAUGGAUCCGUACAGCAAGAGAGAAACAUGCUUCGUGUUCAGAUACAUUUGGAGAGAAAACAUCUAUUCAAGGCAAGAUUGAGCGCUCAAAGAGUUUGAUGACAAGUUUGAAUGAAGGAACACAAAGAUUAAAGCAAGCAACUAUAGCUGGUGAAGCUACAUUAACCAGUACAUCUCCUUCUGGUCAAACCAAAAUAAGACAAGAAAUUCAGUCUAUGAAUAAAGAAUUUGAAGAGUUUCGCAACCAAUUACUUCAUUCUCAAUCUGAACUUGACACCUGUUAUUCCCGAUGGGAAGAUUUUGAACGUAGUUAUACUGAUUUCAAUAGCUGGUUAAAACAUACAGAAGCUACACUUAGAGCUGAGCUAGAAUAUAAGGCUACAGCUGAAGAAAAGAAACAACAGUGGACUCAAUACCAGUAUCAUUUGGAUGAAGUGUUAUCUUAUCAGUCUUCAUUAGAUGAUGUCAGUGAGAAAGCCCAGGCUCUAUUGCAGACAAAUGCUGAUGCUAAAACUAGUCAUGCUAUUACACAACUUACUACCAGAUAUCAGUCUAUAAUAGCUCUAGCUAAGGAUCUUGUUCACUCUACUGAAAAUCAUUACAAUAAUCAUGUGACAUAUAAAGACAAUCAUCAAGUCUUCACUGAUUGGUUGAAAGAUACUAAAAGAAAAAUUAAAACAGUGGAAGAUAAUCGUGGUAAUAGAGAAAAUGUCAACAUUAGAUUGGAUCAGUUUGAUGAAAUUCAGAAUGCUAUGGAUCAAGGACAUAGCUAUCUCAGAGCCAUGUUAGAUGCAUCAGAAAAGACAUUACCUAGUACUAACCCCAGAGGCUGUCAAAGUAUUCGGCAGGAGUCGGAAAAAGCUAAAUUGGAGUAUGAAAAUUUAUUGACAGACAUGUCACAGGCAAAACGCAACUUGGAGAAUGCUCUGUCCUACUGGGGAGACUAUGAUCGCUUACAAGAUCAGCUACAUGAUUGGUUAACAGAUGUUGAACAUCGUAUGACAGCUGAUCCUGAUCUAAAAACUGACCUUCCUGAAAAAAGAUCAACACUCGAAAAAUACAAGGCCUUGCAUGCUGAUAUUGUUGCACAUAAAGAUAUGAUGGCUAAAGUGGAAGAGAAAUCCCAACAAGUUAAAGACCCAGCACCACAAACUCGAGUUGCUCAACUUAAAGCGCGAUAUCAAUCUGUUUUUACAGCUAGCAAGGAUCUUGUAAGUCGUAUGGAAGAACAAGUAACAAGUCAUGAAGAAUAUCGUAAAGCCUAUAUAGCCUGUUUAGAUUGGUUAGCUAAUACUAAACAUAGGCUACAGCGAUUAAGUGAUUAUUCUGGUGACAGGAAAACAUUACAAGAUAGACUUCAACAACUACGAGAAUUCAAAUUAGAACUCAGCCAUGGGCAAGAAAUGGUAGAAAGAGCUGCUACACUUGGUAACCAGGUUUGUCGUCAAACAGCCCCUCGUGGACAAGAAGUGAUACAACAAGAAGUAAAAUCAUUACGAGAUGAUUGGAAUAGUUUUGCGUCAGCUGUUGGUGAAGUAGAAAAUAAUCUAGAGGCAGCCAUUGCUAACUGGAGUCAGCUCGAUGAUGAACAGAAAGCAUUUUUGGAAUGGAUUGAAAAAAUGAACAAAGAAGUAAAAGAUCAGUUGGAACCAACCAGUAAUUUAUUUAAGAAACAACAACAAUUAAGACAUGGGGAAGACCUGUGUGAUAAUAUUGUUGACAACAAGAUUGCAUUAGAGAAAGUGAGGGAGAAGGGAGAUGCCAUUGCACAAAGAAGUAGUGAUCCUAGACUCUCUAAUAACAUGAUGCAAUUAUCUACAAAAUAUCAGUCAUUAUGUUCCUCAUCUAAGAAUAUGGUGAGAAGAUUACGAGAUAAUGUUCAAGAUCAUCGCGAAUAUGAUAAUGCUCUAGCUAAUGCUAAUAAAUGGAUUAAAUGGAUGGGAGAACGUAUUGAAGCCUGUAAAGAUACUACAGGUGGUUGGGAUUCUACACAAGAUAAAAUAGAUGAUAUAAAGGAUAUAACUGCUAAUAUGGAUGAAGGUCUACAAAAGGUCAACCAUGUUUGUGACAUGGCAGAGAAAAUAUUACCUAAUACUAGUAUGGAUGGUAAAAAGAUGAUUGAAGAACAAGUAACAGAUUUGACCAAUGAUUGGGACAAAUUGAACUUGGCCAUUACGGAAGCUACAGCUAUGUUGGAAGGUGUUCAGCAACGCUGGCAUGAUUACGAAGAGUAUUUUGGUAGCAUUAUACGCUGGCUAGCUGAUACUGAAAAUCUUUUAAUUCCUGAACCAGAAAUAAAAUGUACCUUGGCGGAAAAGAAAACACAGUUAGAUAGAUAUCAGCUGAUAUUAACAGAUAUUGAGAAUCAUAAUAGAUUGAUAAAUGAGCUGGCUGAGAGAGUUGCUAAUUUGCAAGCUUUAUGUGAUAAUCCACAAAUUGCUGAAUCAUUAUCUGAUGUGCGUAGACGGUAUGAGGCAGUCAGAAAUAAAGCUCAGGAUUAUGUUGAAAUGCUUCAAGACAGAUACGAUGAACAUCUUCUCUUCCAUGAAACUCAACAAGACUGUGAAAAAUGGCUUCUUCAAACAUCUUUCCGUCUUAUGUCUCAUAAUUCUUUAAAUGUCUCAACUAUGGAACUGACAGAAAGACAGAUUGAAAAGCAUAAGGCUAUUCUAAGAGAGAUAACUAAUUAUCGAUCGACCAUGGAUCAUGUCAACAAGAUAGGUCAGGAAUUGAUUAUAAAUAAUCCGGGAGUUUUCAAACUGUCUGAACAAAUUCAAUCUCAGUUACAGAACCUAGAAGAAAGUUACACAAACUUACAAGCGACAGCUCAACAGAUAAAGGAGCGUCUGCAAGAUAUCUUGAACAAAUGGCAGAAUUAUAAAGAUCUGUUAGAGAACACAGAAGUAUAUUUGUCUGGUGACGUUGUUGAGUGGAUACAAGAAGCGGACUCCAGUAUUCCUGAUAGUAUAGAUGAAGCACAGAAACAGAGAGAAUCAGCACAGGCAAUGCUAGAAAAACUGUACAGUAUGAAACAGAACUUAGCCGAUUCAGCUCAUAGAUGUCAAAAUCAAGGUAGUAUGGAAAACUUAAAUCAAGAAGAUGCUUCUCUUGAAUCACCAUUGUCUAAAUUUUCUGCUGAUGUUAAUCAACACAUGAAAGAGAGUAUUAUUCAGGUAGAGAAAAGAUUAGACAGGUUACGUGAUAUGAUGAGACAGUGGGAAUCUGUUGAUAGAUCUCGUGCUGAUUUGCGUCACUGGUUACAUAAUAAGCAAGAAGAAGUAUCAGAAAUAGAGAAUCGACCAUCUAAGCUACAUGCUGAAGCCGCUGAAUUAGAUCUUGAUCGAUUACGGGGUAUAAGAAAUGAAGUUCAGGGCCGUGGUCGGGCUAUAGAAGAACUAUUAUCUCAAUACCGUAACUUAACACAACACAAUGACACAAUACCAGAUCCAGUUAUACGAGCAUUGAAAGAUGAUUGGGAGGAAUUACUUGGUCAGAUUGAAAAUCUACUAAUAGAUAGAGAACAGGCCUUACAGGCUGCUAAAGAUCUACAAGAUCGCCAGGAUACAAUGGACGAAGAUUUAGAAAACUAUGUACGAGAAUUAGAGCGCAUUGACCAGUCAGAUGCUAAUAUGACCGAAAGAAGUGCACGUCUUAAGACAUUAGAAAGUGACAUAGAUGAUAAAUAUGGUUUACUGGAAGGUCUUAAAACACAGUCUGAAUUACUACAAUCUAAAGUUAGUCAACAAGAUUCUGAUUUAGUUGAAGAACGUGUCAGAACAACAGAGAAAGGGCUUCAUGAUCUUAGACUUAAGAUCACCAAAAACCAGACUUCUUAUGGAAGUCUUGGAGGUAACCUGGAUGAAAUUAAGGAUGAAGCUGAAAAAUAUAUCACAUGGUUGCUAGAAACUGAAACUAAAAUCAGUGAGGAAAUCAAGCUUGGAUAUCUACCAAUAGAUGUUGAAGUUGUUCUUUGUGAAGUGAAGAAACUACAAAGUGACUUGAAUCAUAGACAGCAAAUCCUUGAUGGCAUCGUUCAAAGAGCUCAGUCUUUGAUCACAGAUCUUCCAUCUCAAGAAAAGGCAUCUGUAGAACAACUGAUAGCAAAGGUGCAGUCACAACAUACUAAUGUACAUUCCCUGGUUACUAAAAGAUGUAAACAGCUUGUGAAGUGUCAAAAUGAAAGAGAAGAAUUUCAGAAAGUUCUAGCAAGAGAAACAGCAUGGUUGGAUGAACGAGAGACUACAGUAAAGAAAAUAGUCAAGUUGCGUCUUCUAACUUCUGAUAUAAAGAAACAGUCUAAAAAAUACAAGGAAUUUGUUGCUAAAGUUAGAAACUAUGGUAGCCAUUUUGAUGUAUUGGAGAAAAAGGGUGAUGAAUUAAAGAUAGAAUGUCAUGAGGAGGCUAAAUAUGAGAUUGAAUCAUUAAUCCAAGAUUUAAAGAAUAGGUUUGAAAACUUCAAAGAGUAUUUAGAAAUUCAUAAAGUGGUAUUAAAAGACAGUUUAGCUUCCCAUAAACUAUUUGAAGAAGAUUGUCGUCAAAUCGAAAAAUGGUGUGAUGAGACAGACACUACAUGUAGUCAAGAAUUACCAGAGGAUUGUGCAAUAGAGUUGGUAGAAGAUGAACACAAGCAAUUUAAAAAUCUCAGCAAUCAUGCUCAGUUAUUUGAGACUCUAGUAAAAGAAACAGUAGAAAGAGGAGAAACUUUUAAACCAACAUUAGUAGACACAGACAUACCUGUUCUACAACAGCAAUUAGAUACAAUACAAGAUAAAUUUAACAGGGUUUCACAAACUAUCAUUGAAAAAAUACAAGGUUUAGAGACUGUUAUGGAAGAUCGAUAUUUACUAGAAAAGAAAAUAGAAGAAUGUUCAUUGGAGUUUAAUAGAAUAAAUGAAGAAUUAAGGGUGUUAUCUAAAACAACACCAACUAGUGUAGAACAAAUACAACAAGUACAAUUACAAUAUCAGCAAUUAGAAAAACAGUUGGUUCAGUAUAAGCCUAAGCUAGAAGAGUUAAAUGAAAGAUUAGAUGGAUUACGGACAUCAGGACAGAUUUGUAAUGUAGAAGCAAUAUUACUGUUAGGAACACAAUAUGAACAAUUAAUUGAUAGAAUUAGUCAGUUUGAAAAUAAUUGUCAACAAAGUGUUUUUAUGAGACAACAGUUUGAAGAACAGACUGUUAUGUUGGAAUCAUCACUAGCUGAUUCUGAGAAUGAAAUAAAGACUGUCAAUGAAACGGAAUUACUUUUGCCUGAUAGAUUGGCUAGAUAUAAGGUCAUAUUUGAGAAACUGGUGAGUAUACAUCCAGAAGUUGUUGUUGCCAUGGAUAAAGCGCAACAACUAACAAUAGACAAACCAGCACAUACCAUGACUGGUGAAGAAUUAACCCGAGUUCAGGCUAUUCAGCUUAAAAUGGAAACAUUAAGAAAAUGUGUAGAAGACAAGACAUUAGAAUAUAAAACAUUGAUUAAAGGGCAAGAUGAUUUCAAUAUAGAAAUAGAUAAAACUAUGGCCUGGUUAGAAGAAAAACAAAACAUUUUAGCCUCUUGUGGUACCUUAGACCUAUCACCUGAAAAGGUUCACUCUGUACAAAAGAAACAUGAGAAAAUAUCUGAAGAAGCUAAAGAGAAAAUAAGUGCAAUGAAGACUUUGACAGAAAGAGAACAAUCACAUUAUGAACAAUUACAAGAACCAUUACCAAAUGAAGCAGAAGUUAAGCUCAAACAGAUGAAUAAUCUACAAACAGCUAUUUUGGAAGCGAUAUCUAAAAAAGAACAGUAUUUAAAAGAUGCUCAAGUUGAACGUAAACAAUUUAAAAAUUCUAUGCGACAAGUUACGGAAUGGAUCCAUGGAGCUCAGGAACUCUUAGAUUCAGGUUAUGAUGGACUGGAUUAUGAUUCUAUAGAUCAAACACUCAGUGAAUUUACUGAUUAUUUUAGUGAAGCUAGUUUAUGUCAGGAUGAAUUAGAUCAGAUUACAGAACUAUCAGAGAAGCUUGAACAAUCUCUGGAUGUUAAUGAUAAGGAAACUUUACAACAGUCUAUUCACCAUGUUAAUCAACAAUUACCAAAUAUCAUGUCUACCUCACAAACACGUCAAAAACUCUUAGAGCAGAAAUCCAUUGAAUGGCGAGAAUUCUUGGAAACUAUAGAUGAAAUGAAUGAAACCAUUGAGAUAUUGGAAGCUGAUUGGACAAGUAUAGAUCAAGGAUCGGUCAGUGAUAGGGAAUUGUUACAAAUUCAGUUACAGGCCCUACAGGAAUUCCUUGAUAAAAUAGAGGAGAAGAGACCAGCUAUUGGUGAAUUAAAUGAUAGAUCUCGAAGCCUUGAGAGAGUGGCCAAUAUGAACAGUAGAACUAUAAUAACUCGUCUGAUCACUAAUGUUAAUAAUAGGUGGCACAGUCUUGUCACACAAGCCGAAAAUAAACAAACUAAUUUAAAAGAAAUCUGUGGUCAGUGGGAAGGAUUUAGUGGUACUAUGACAUCAGUAGACGAUAUAUUACAUGAAGCAGAAGUUAAACUAUCUUCUGUAAAUGUUAGCUUGAUUAGAUAUGAAGAGUUGGUUGACCAAGUCAAUAUAUUACAAGAAGUAUGUGAAAUGUUGAAUGAAUUAGAACCGCAGAUAAAUAUUAUGAAGAAAUCGGCUCAAGAUUUACAGAAAACCUUACCCACAGCUGAAGCUAAAGUUUUGUCCCAAGACACCUCAAUAGCACUGCUUGAAAGAUAUGAAAGGCUACAAAGACAAGCUAAAGAACAACUACAAACAAUAAAAGAUGAAUUAGAUGAUAGAGAAUCAUUUAAAUCUGAUAUAACUAAGUUAAUAGAAGGACUUCACAACACAAAGGCCAAUGUCGUGAAGAUUUCUCCAGAUACAGAAACUGCAGAAAUAUUAACACAAAUUAAGGUUUAUGAACGUGACAUAUCAUCAACAAUGGAACAAGCAAGAACAUUAGAAAAGAUACAGGAAGGUAAAUACAGUGUUCAAGGGAGAGAACUGCCAGAAGAUAUGUUAGCACAACUCUGUACUAUGAGAGAAGUGGAAGCCGUCGUUACUCAAUGGCUUAAACAAACAGCUGAAAGUCUUCUGCAUCUUAAAGAGGACAGAGAAAUUUUCUUGGAUAAUUUGAAUCAUGUGGCAACCUGGCUGAACACCUCUGAAACACACCUUCAAGAACCAAUUGUAAAUAUAAAAGAAAGUAUGGCAGUUCACAAUAACUUAUUGUCUGAUUUAGACAAUUUCAAAGAAGAAUUGGACAAACUUCGCAGCAAAGGAGGCGAUAUUGUUCGACAUUCAUGGGAUCCAAACGAAAAACAAACUGUACAGAGAAACCUUGCUAAUGUUAAUCGGCAGUGGAAUUCUGUCCAAGCUAAAGUCGCUGAAAAGACAAGAAAACUCAAUGAAGCAUCUGAACUCCAUACUACCUUCCAAGAAGCUACUGUUACUAUAAAGCAGUGGGCAGAUAAAACUGCUGUGCAAGUAGGAUCAGACAUUGAUUGGUCAGACUUUGCUAAUGUAAGAGAUGAUUUAAAGACAACAAAGAGGGUUUCUAACGAUAUUGCACAGAGCAGAGAAAAGUUGAAAAGCCUCAAACCAGUUGUAAAACAAUUGAAUCAAGUUGUUGACAUCGAAGAAGUGAACACAACAAUGUCAACUUUAACACAACAAAUAGAAGAUCUGCAUGCCCAUACAAACACAAAACUUAAUACACUACAAGACGUGAACACAGAGAUAGAUGCAUAUGAAAGAGAAAUGGAGGAUGUUACAGUGUGGUUGGAACAUGCUCGAACAGUAUUAUCCAGCCGUGACCUAUCACAUGAUAUGAAAGAAGAAUUACAUUUAAGCGAGAAAUUGUUAGCUGAUGCUACAACUAACAAAGAAAAGGCGAAAAAUAUUGUACAGAAAUAUAAAGAAGUACAUGUAGAUGUUUUUCCAGCCCAUGGAUCUAAAAUUAUAACAGAAAUUUCUCAGUUGGAAGCAGAAGUCAGUGAUCGUGUUGAGCAGCUAACCACAGCAGUUGAUGAACAGGAACAAUAUCAAACAGAGUUAUCAACCCUAAACAAUGCUGUACAAGAAGCACAACAAAAACUAUUGGCCUCUCCAGUCAUGGCCUCAAGUGUGGAGGCACUUAAACAACAGAUAGCUGAGCGAGAUAUACCACAAGGUCCCGAAUUACCAGUUCCUGACAGUGCUGAUCAGAAGAGUUUGUCUGUGAGUGAUUUGGCACCAGGUAUAGAUGCUGGAGAUAACCAAUUACAAGAAUUAAAUAAUUCAUGGAACAGUCUUCAACAACAGGCUAAUGCUAAAGAGAAAGAAUUACUGAUAGCACUAGAACAACAAGAAAAUUAUCAGAAGUCUGUUCAAGACGUCACCAGUAAAAUGGAGAAAAUACAGUCUUACUUAUAUCAACAUCAAGUGAAUUAUUUUGAGAAUUUAGAUGAUCAAAUGAAAGAACAUAAGCUGAUGUUAGCUGAUAUUGAAGGUAUACGUAGUGAUAUUAGUAAAGUUAGAGAUUAUGGUGUUUUUGUGGAAGCAGCUGAUCCAGAGGGAUAUAAAACUGUGAAAUCAACCUUGAAUAUGUUAACGGAUAAAAUAGAUAAUUUACAUGAUAUGGCCAAAGAUAAAGAUAUAGCAUUACAGACCGCUAUUGGUGAUCAAGCUCAACAUCAAGAAGAAUUAGAGAGUUAUGUAAAAAAAAUAUCGGAAUUAGAUAAUUGGUUAACGGAAAUGAGAGUAGAACACUCAGAGAGUGGAUUAGAAACUGAUAGUUUGCAAGAUUUACAAACACAGCUUGAUAAUAAUAAGGUUUUACAAAACGACAUUAACAGUAAACUACAUCUGAUAUCAGAUUUGGCUGUUCAGUGUGAUGGUUUAUGUCAAAUGGAGCCUCCUAUUUCUGCUGAAAAACUACGCAAUCAACUAGCUCUAUUACAAAACCAACUCAGUGAAUUCAAACUAUCAACAAUUGAGAAACAAUCAAACUUACGUCAAAUCAUUAAAAAAGUAGAGAAGAGAGAUAAAGAGAUGACAGAUUAUGAUGAAAACAUUAAACAGUUACAACAAUGGAUGACAGACUCAAAACAAAUGACCCUACCUCCUAAUAAUGAAGCCCAAAUAUCAGCGCUAAUACCUCAACAAACACAAUUACAAAAGGAUUUACUGACUGGUAUAAGUGAACAUAGACUACUAUUAAGUGAUAUUUCUGUGAGUGGUCAGAAAAUACAGGAAAAUUCUUUAACCAGUGAAGCUAGGAAUACCAACACCUCAGAAGAUAUGCAAGCUACAUGGGAAAAUCUAAAGAGAGAUUUAGCUUUGAAAAAACAAAAUUUGGAAGACAGUAUAAAAACAAAACAAAUGGGUGUAAGACGAUCUAGUAUACAAUAUAGACCAUGGACAUAUAGUGAAGAUACAGUAUCAAGUACACAAUUAGCAGAUGUACAUCAAAUUAUCACAGAUUUAAAUACUAGUUGGAGAGAAUUACAGACACAAGUUGUGGAUAAACAGUUACGUUUAGAUCAAGCUAUAGCCUUUCAACAACUCUAUCAAAAUGCUCUACUAAGUAUAUCUGGUUGGUUAGAUUUAGCCGAACAAAAAUUAUUUUCUGCUGAUUUAACCAAAUCCACUGACGAACAAAUUGAAGAAAAUCAGGCUCUUCAAACAGAAAUUCAGUCUCUACAAAAUGAAAUAUUGUUGAUGAAUCAACAAGCUCAAGAUCUUCUAUCGCAGACUAACAUACAACAUGGUCAACUUAUAAAACAAAGUUUAACUAAUUUGAAUACUCGUGUAGCUAUGUUAGAAACACAUGCAAGAGACCUGGGCACAGAAUUACAUAAAAUAAACUAUAAGUGGAAGAAAUAUCAGACUGUUGUUGUUGACUGUAAGAAGAAAUUAGCAGAUACUCAAUCUCUGGUCUCACAUCAUUCACCAUCCACAUCUGUUGAAGAUCUUACUGCUCAAAUACAGAAAGUUGAAUCUGAAUUACAAGGGUGUGAAAAUCAACUAGAAGAUUUGAAAUAUCAGGAAAGAGUGUUAGCCUCUGAUUUCCCCCAUGGCGUCUUCCCAUCAGAACUAAAUAGUCUUCAACUUAGCUAUAUGGAUAUUCAGAGAAAGCUUAUAACAAGAAAGUCUGAAUUACAACAGUCAGCAUCUGUUAGAGAACAGUAUGAAAGUCUACUAGUAGAUUAUGCUGAAUUCCUAGAAACAGCACAGAGUAAAUUAAAAACAGACAACAUAUCAGCACAAGAUUUAAACCAUUUAAAACAACAAUUAACAGCUCAUAAGGACUUUUUCAGUGACUUAGAGAACCACAAAGCCAUGUUGGAUAUUUUAGCUGAACAAUGUGAUAAAUCUGUACAAGAAAAACAUAAAGUUGAGCAUUCCCGUCUAAUAAAUUUAACCUAUGUUAUUGUUGAUCAGGCUAGUUUACAUGGUCAGAGACUAGAAAGACUUAAUAAACAGUGGUCUGAUCUAGAACAGAAAUAUUCUCUUCUCCAAAAAUCUUUAAAUCAAAUUGAAAAACAAGUCCCCAAACCCAUAGUGAGCGGUGAUUCUUUAAAAACAAUAGAAGGAAAACUGACUACAUUACUACGAUUACAGAAAGAGUUGUCUGCCCAGAAAGCAACGGUGUUCCAAGUUGUAGAGAAAGGAAAACAGAUAUUACAUAAUAUAACAUGUACUAAUCUAGAAACUUCUGUGGCUGACUUAGGAGAUAAAUGGGUUGAUCUAAAUACGUUACUUUCUCAGGAAUUAAAACGAACGGAGACACUUGGUGAUCGUUUGCAAAGAUUUGAAGCUGAAGCAUCUAUACUAGCAUCAUGGUUAGCUACAGCUAAUACCAAAGUAAUAAGUUUGAAGAAACUAAGUAAAAAAGAGAAGAAAAGUAUUGCUGGUGUUCGUGGAAAAGUAGAAAAAUUAUUGGAAUUCCAGAAAGAGGUAGAAAACAAAGUUCCCCUAAAGAAUAAUGUUUUAACAGUUGGUCAACAAUUACUCAAUGAUAAAACUUACAAUACAGUAGGACUGAGCGAACGUCUAAGAAGAUUUGAAAAGGAUUGGCAAAAGCUCCAACAAGAUAUUGCAGAAGCUGAAAAAUAUCUUCACAAAGAACAAAUGGCUAGAAUGCCUUCUCGACAAGCUUUACAAGAAUUGGAAGACUGGUUAGAAGAAAUUAAACAAUCUUUACGUGAUGAUCCACAUAAACUUAUUAAAGCAUCAUCUGAUGUGGAUAGAAUGCUUAAUAAAUAUACGGAGUACAAAGUAGAAUUAGCAAGUAAACAGAUAUCCAUAGACUUCGUCAAUCAGUCUAUUUUACAACCACAAGAAGAAGAGGAGGAGACAGAGAAAGUGGCAUUUGCUGAGAAACUUGGAGAAUUAAACAACCAGUGGCAAGUUGUUUCGACCAAUGUUAACAAACGUUUAAAUUUCCUAGAACAUCUACACUCACAAUGGGACAGAUUUGAACAAGCCUUUAAAACAUUGGAAGGCUGGUUUAAUGAACAAGAUAAAAAGUUAGACCAUUAUAUGAAGAUGGGUCACGAGGUUGGAGUUCAAGAAACUUUAACAGACUGCAAGGCAAUAAAACAGUCACUGAUGUUUAAAGAAGCAGAAAUCAGUAAAUUUAAAGAUCUGGGUGACAGAUUGAUGGAACUAUGCCACGAUUCACCUGGUUGUCAACGUAGUAUACAACAAAAUAUAGAUACAAUCAACAACCAUCUAUUGAAACUAGAAGAACGCUUGAGAAACCUGGAACAUGCUGUAGAGAAUAUGACAGACAAAUGGGCUCAUUAUCAAUCUGAAUUACAGGGGCUUAAUACAGUACUAACACAUUCAGAAUAUUGUCUAAAUAAUUACAGACUAAUAGGAGGAGAUAUCUCCACUCUAAGAGGACAAGUAGAAAAACUCACGAUAAGAGAAAGUGAAUUAAAACACAAUCAGCCACAACUAGAAGCAUUUCAAGUUUUAUCAAAACAGUUGGCUAGUAGUUGUGAUCCACAUGUUAAAUUAGAAUUACAGAAAACAGCAGCAGAUGUACAACAAAGAUGGCAACAUCUGUAUGAAGAAAUACAGAAACGUAGUCAUGUGUUUGAAGAUAAAUUACAUCAAUGGCAGCAAUAUGAAGAUCUUUAUGUUAGAUUACGAUCAUGGUUAGAUGAAAAAGAGAGAGAAUGUAAUCAUUUGAAAACUAAACAUGAUGAAAAGAGUCCAGUAUAUUUGGAAAGAUGUAAGAAUUUGAAUCUGGAAUUAGAUAAUAUACAAGUGAAAUUGGCUGAACUUUAUACAUUUAGUGAUGAUCUUACUAAAAAUAUGGACCAAUCCACUAUAUCAACUCUUUCUUCACGACAAACUUUACUAGAACAAAGACUUGUCAGGUUACGUAAACAAGUAUCACACCACAUAGAAGCUCUCCAAGAUGACAGUACCCAAUUGAACAAUUUCCAUGAUGCAUAUGACCUGGUGAAAGCUUUCCUGUCUCAUGCAGAAUCCGUCCUGGCUGCUGGUGAUCCAAAGAAAUCCUCAGCUGAAAGCAGACUUCAAAACCGACUUGAUCAACUUAAAGAUCUUCAAUUGGAAUUUAAUAAUAAUAUGAUUAAUUUGGAUAUUGUCAAUGAUUUGGGUUACAGGCUUGCAUUAAUGGCUGUGGAUGCCAACAGAAUGCAAGAAUUAAAUCAUAAAUGGUAUCGGUUGCUGUCAGAGACUAGUAUGAGGUGUAAAAUGCUGCAAGGCAAUGUUGUGGUGCAACAAGAUUUUACUGCUAAAUGUGAAAGUUGGAUGAUGUUUUUAACACAAACAGAAGAUAGUAUGUCGAUAGAGGUAGCUGGUAAUCUACCAGAUCUAUUAGAUCAACAAACAAAAUGUGAGAAAUUCAUUGCUGAUAGGUACAGCCGAGAACAAGUAUUACAUGCUAUAUUAAGCGAUGGGCAACAGUUAUUGAGAACCGGUGAUGUAAAGGAUGUUGAAGAUUUUAAAAAUAAACUUCAUCUAUUGGCUGAUCAAUGGCAGAGAGUUGUUCGACAAGCCACUCAAAAGAAAGCUAUUAUAGAUACUAAUAUCAACCAAUGGCAGUUAUUUAACAAUCUGAGUGAGAAGUUACGUGAUUGGUUGAAUGAAAAAGAUAUUGACAUGCAAAAUAUUGACUACCAUAAUCUCUCUUUGCAACAGAUCAAAAAUCUACUGCAAAGAAUCCAUGUAACAAAAGAUCAGUUUAAAUACCAAGAAAGUGAUUUUAAACAAAUACAUGAUUUAGGUAAUACUUUGUUACAUCAAGCUGAUUUAGAGGCCAUUAAAGAAAUUAAAGUGUGUAUGGCACAACUUGAACAUAGCUGGUACCAAGUUUAUACUCAACUAGAGGAACAUAGAGCUAAACUUGAAGAUUUUCUCAAACAAUGGAAAGAUUGUGAUGAUGACAUUGAUGAUAUAUUGGCAUGGCUGAAAGAAACUAGAAACAUACUCAAUACAGAAAUACCUCAAAAUUAUGAUGAUAUUCAAUUUGAUAUAAACAGGUGCAAGGAUGUAGAAACAACAUUUAUGAGAUCUGAAGAUAGACGUCAGAAACUACUGAUGAGAGAGGGUGUACUAGGCUCUCUUAUCCAAUCAGAAGACAUGAACAUAUUACAUCAACGAAUCCGAUUACUGAAUAAACAAUGGGAGGAGUUAUCACGUCAAGUGACAUUAAGAUUACAGAGAUUACAAGAUAACACAUGUCGAUGGAGUAACUUUUCUGAAAGAAUUCGAUGGAUGAUCAGCUGGAUAGAUGGCAUGGAAGAGAGAGUCAUAGGUGAUAAAGAUAUCCAGGUUGAAGAUCUGAUCAAUAAAAUAGAAACAGAAAUAAAGGUAGAAAUGGAAGAAAAAGAGAAAGUAAAAAAUGAAUUAAUGGAUGAAGGUAGAAGUUUAAUGGGUGUUAGUAGUGAUAUAAGAUCAUCAGAUAUAGAAAAUCGUACAGAAAGAUUAGAAAAUAAAUGGCAUCAUUUACGUCAUGUUGUCAACUUCAGAGAGCGCAAACUAAACGAAACAGUACUGGCUGUAAAACAGCUAGAUAAUAGUAUGAAGAAUCUAGGAAAAUGGCUGACUGACAUGGAACAGGAAUUAAAUGCACCAAUUAUUUAUCACAAAUGUGAUAUAAGUGAAAUACAGACACAUUUAGAACAUCAACAGAGUUUACAGAGAGAUAUAGAAAGACACAGUGCUGGUGUAGCUUCUGUCUUAAACUUAUGUCAAGUUUUGCUACAUGAUACAGAUGCUUGCCCCACAGAAGUUGAAUUUAAUACACUUCAAACUACCAUGGAGAGUUUAGAAAGAAGAUGGAUUAAUAUAUGUCAACAAUCUCCACAAAGAAGAACAAGAAUUGAUGAAACAUGGAAGAUUUGGGAGAAAUUCCGACACGAUACAGAACUGUUCACUGAUUGGUUGGAUGAAACAGAGACUGAAGUUAAGAGAAGGGAGGCAAAUCCAAUGUCUUUAUCUAGUAGAGAUGAAAUAAACAAGUAUGAGAAUCUGCAAAGGAACAUACGCUCCCAGAUUAAGCAGUUAGAGAAUGUCAACAAACAAUAUCGCAGUAUGGCUAAAAGUGGCCUCACAGAUACUAAAGGCAUGUUGAAAUCUCUAAUGCAAGAAGUAAAUGAUAGAUGGGAUAGAUUACAAGGCAAGACAGCUGCAACUGUGAAAGAUUUACGUAGAACUGAUAAUAUUAGAGAAGAAUAUACAACAUUGCGUAGUAUGUUAAUCAGCUGGUUACAAGAGACAGAGGUACAGAUAACUAACAUAAAAUAUUUAUCAGAAACGGAUACUUCUACCAAAUUAAAUGAAAUUAGUAGAGUAGUAAAUGAAAUAGAAAACAGAAAAGCUGAUUAUACAAAAUUAGAAGAUUUGGCUGCACAAUUGCGUCUACAGGGAGAUGCACAUCAAGCCGAAUUAAUCCAAACUGAAAUGCAGGAAUAUCGUGAUUUUUACAGACAAACAACAGACAGAUUAAACAUUUAUAAAACGCAACUUGAACAAUCAAAUUACAUGGAAGUUGACAAUGUUACUAGAACAAUAGAUGGUGCACAGCAGGCAAUAGAACUAACAGAUGACACCGCUGAUUAUAUAUCUAGCUACAGUGAAACAAGAGAAUAUGUCAAAACACAAGAUGCGGAGUGGGAGAUGACACAAACAGAGGAAUAUUUAAAAAGAUCGCCACCAGAAAGUUCAGUUAGACAUAAACGCCGAACACCAAGAUCCGCUAGAUCUCCCUCAAGAUGGGCACAUUAUGCAGAUGGUGGUGAAGAAAGAUGGAGAACAAUAAGAUCAGAUGUGUCGCAGAGAGAAACAUCAGCCAAAGUAGAAGCUUUAUUAGAAAAUCUGGCUGAUUCUAUAGAGGAUGCUGACAAUAAAUUAUCUGCUGCUGAAAGAGAAUUACAAACUAGUCAAGCUUUAGGACAAGUAGACAGAACAGAACGAUUUAUUUAUUAUAUGGAUGAAUGUGAAGUUGCUGUUGAAAAUGUUCAAACUUUAGAUAGAUUGAUUAAAACAGAGUCUGGUCUGAAUACUAUAACUACUGCUGAUUCUCAUGUCAGAAAUAUAACAGAAAGAUGGGAAAGUUUACAAGAAGGAAGAACACCAGCUCAGAUCAAUCUGCGACCUGAUCAUUCCCAGUUUGUACAAGAUUUAGAUAGUAUGUUAUUAUGGUUAGAUGAAGCUGAUGCAUUACAGUCAACACUUCAGCCAUUACCUGAUGAUAUGGCAGAACUAGAAAUAGUUAUACGUCAAUUUAAAGAUUUUCUAGUUCAAUUAGAGGCCCGUAAAACUCGAGUUUUAUCAAUAAAUCUGAUCAGUAGAAGUUAUGUUGAUCCGAAAACUGCUGAAGGCAGAGAGCUGAGGGAAAAACUUCAAGAGAUGAACGGACGUUGGGAGAAUUUAUGUUCCCGUGUAAAUGAAAUUCAGCAAGAUUUACAGGGAGCUCUCACAGACAGUCAUGAGUUUCAUCAUACUGUACAUGAUUUAUUAUUAUGGUUAGAAAGUAUAGAGAGUAGAUUACAACAAUGUGAACCUAUAAAUGUUGAUGCACAGGAUUCAGUAUUGUGGGAAAAAUAUAAUAAACUAAAGAAUUUAAGAGGUGAAUUAGAACAGAAACAAGACAAAGCAUUAACUUUAAAAGAAACAGCAGAUCAACUUUUAUUAUGCAGUGAUUCAACUGAGAUGGUGAACGCUAGAGAUAAAACUCAUGUAAUAGCUAAUAGACUUCGAGCUUUACUUCGUCUAUCUAAUUCUUAUAUAUCUAGUUUAGAAAGUAAAUUAGAAUUAAGUACCAGAAGAUCAGGGGCUGCAGGUCUAGAUCAAAGUGAUAGAGGAUCAGGAUUGGGUAGUUCUAGAGGAUCACAUUCUGGAACACCUUACUAUCAAACUCCUCCUCCAGGAACAUUGGUGCGUCAGAGAAACAGAUCACCAUUUGCCAUAUCACGACAGAUCAAGUAUCGUAUGCGAUGAUUAUGAAGAAAUUUGUGCAACACCUUUCUGCUCACGAGUACUACGUGCAGCUCUGCCAAUACAGUUAUUAAUGUUAUUGCUGUUAGGAUUGGCAUGUUUAGUACCAGUUUGUGAGGAUGACUAUUCUUGUGACUUAGUCAAUAAUUUACA